GGCUGUGUUGGGCGCAUUUUUCUGACAGUCGGGUGAGAGGCUCUCGGUGGUUGGAGUGGAGGGUCUGCAUGCAGGACUGAUCAUUAUGGCGUCUGUAGUGCUGAGUGAAGCGGAGAAAGUUUAUAUUAUGCAUGGUGUCCAGGAAGAUCUUCGAGUUGAUGGCCGUGGCUGUGAAGAUUAUAGGUGUACGGAAGUGGAAACAGAUGUGAUAUCUAAUACAAGUGGGUCGGCUAGAGUAAAACUUGGACACACAGACAUCCUGGUUGGAGUCAAGGCUGAAAUGGGAACACCAAAGCUGGAGAAACCAAAUGAAGGCUACUUGGAAUUCUUUGUUGAUUGUUCAGCAAAUGCCACUCCAGAAUUUGAAGGACGUGGUGGUGAAGAACUUGGCACUGAGAUAGCAAAUACUCUCUAUAGGAUAUUUAAUAAUGAGAGCAGUGUCGACUUGAAGUUGCUUUGUAUUAAUCCCAGACAGCAUUGCUGGAUACUUUAUGUUGAUGUCUUGUUACUGGAGUGUGGUGGUAACUUGUUUGAUGCCAUCUCGGUUGCAGUGAAGGCAGCACUGUUUAACACCAGAAUACCCAAAGUACGUGUUUUGGAGGAUGAAGGAGGACAUGAAAUUGAACUUUCUGAUGACCCCUUUGACUGUAUUCGACUUAAUGUUGAUAAUGUUCCUUGCAUUGUCACCUUAAGCAAAAUUGGCUAUAGGCAUGUGGUAGAUGCCACCCUUCAGGAAGAAGCAUGUUCCUUGGCAAGCCUCCUUAUUUCUGUAACUAGUCAGGGUGUUCUCACUUGUAUGAAGAAAGUGGGAAGAGGGAGCCUUGACCCAGAGAGCAUAUUUGAGAUGAUGGAGACUGGAAAGAGAGUAGGCAAAUUGCUGCACACCUCCUUGCAAGCUAUCUUAGAUAAAGAAGAAAGUCUUGGAUCAGCACGAAAAAAAGUUGGAUUCUUGGGUUGAAUGCCAUCAUCACCUUGGAUCAGUUGAAUUUCUAUUUAGUAGUGUUUGUUUGUUUGUUUUGACAGAAUUGAAUAUAUUUUAAAUAAAGAUAGGAUUGGUCAUGUAAA